AUGCAACUCCCAGUUGGACAAGAUAGACAAGUUGCCACGCUCCGUUACAAUCUAUUAACGGACAGUGACGUUCUUGAUUCUCUUGGAGCGUUGCUCGAGAACGAGUACUCUCUGAAAUUGUACCGAGCUAACGAUAUCAGACGGAUUACGAUGCGUUAUCUCAGCUCUGAGAAAAUAGAAAUUGCGUUUUUUGCCAGAAAGCUCAUCACACAAAUAGAUGAUAUGGAGAGCAAGAUGGAGCAGAUAGAGAUAGAAAGGUCGAUGAAAAGGGGAAAUGAAUCGUCCACGUCUUCUUCUGCUGAAACUUCAAGAAAGCCACUGCCACUCUCGGAAGAUGCCAUCUCCUGCAAACGGACAAUGCCCACAAUUUUCGUCCCGAAGAAGAGAGGAGCCGUGUCUGUUGCUUCCCAGAAGCCUCAGGAGCCAAAAGUCCAGAUUCCAGAAGACCGUAGAAUGUCUAUUGAGAAGAAGAUGAAAGAGGAACGAAGGAUUGAAGAGUAUCUGGAACGGAAGAAGGUGAUUGCUGAGGAGAAGAAGAGAGAAGAAGCGAUUCGAGUAUCGAAAGUGAAGAAUGCAUUCGAAGAGGCUCGUCUGAAGAGAAAGCAAGAAGCAAUGAAGGCACGUGAGCAGGGAUUCUGGGAGGAGGAUCAACCGAAACCGAAGAAGGCCAAGUACAGCAAAAGAAGAUGGUAA